AGCCGGGCCGCGACCUCCCGCCGGCCCGGUCUCUGUUUGUCGCUGCCCCGAGCUCAGCCGCUGUCGAGCCCUGGGCCGGCCCCGCAGCCUGUCCUGCCCCGGGGGCACGCGGCUGUGAUGGGCGGCCUCAUCAGCGUCAUCCGCUGAGCGGGGACAUGGGGGCCGUUCCCCUCGCUCCCCAGCUCGACCCCCCGACGAGGUCGGCGGGCGCCCGGCGUCCAGCGGGAUCGAACCCGUCUAGGUUAGGGGGGAGCAGGUGAUGGUCCUUCCAUUGCUGAGGUGCCGGCCUCGCCUCUUGCAGCUGCCUGGAGGUUCUUCUCCUUGAAACGGGUUCUAACUGGGAGCACAAGGGCGGAAUAGACGGCUCCGAGCCGCAGGAGUGGGACAGAAGGGACUGCCAGGAAGACCACCGUGCCUGCAGCGCUGCUGCCAGAGUUAGAGAGAAACCUGCCGCCUCUCCUCUCUCUUUCUUGUGAUCACCUGGAGAGGAGAGUGCCCACUUUCACCGCUGCCUCCUGCUCUGCCUGCUCCUGCUUUCAGCAUGGUAAAGAAGAAUACUAUCCCUGAUGGAUGGCGGAGUUUGACACCAGUUGGACAGCCUAUACCAGGAACGAGAUUUAUUGCAUUCAAAGUACCUUUAAAAGGGGCAAUUAACCAGAGGCUUACCCCAACCCAGAAAUUUACACCAAAAGACUUAAUUGCUGCAAUGAAAGCCCUAAACGUGGAACUUGGAUUAAUUAUUGAUUUAACAUAUACCACACGAUACUAUGAAGUUAAGGAUUUACCUAAAAGUGUGCAGUAUAAGAAACUUUAUACUGUUGGACUUGAAGUCCCUGAUAAUGCUACUAUCCUACAGUUCAAAAAGUGGGUCAGAAAAUUCCUUUGGGAAAAUGCAGGAAAUGAAAAGCUCAUUGGCGUGCACUGUACUAACGGAAUUAAUAGAACUGGCUACCUUAUAUGUAGAUAUCUUAUAGACGUUGAAGGCUGGGAUCCAGAGGCAGCAAUUCAGGCUUUUGGCGAUGCCAGAGGUCAUUGCAUGGAUGGCCUUGUGUACCUCACAGAUCUCAGGACACAGCCGAUGCGAAGUAACCUUGGAAUGGAUGUAUGGGAUGCAGAUGAAGACAUUAUCCCACCACCACAUGCAGUGGAAGGAUCUGUAGAGCGGUUCCCAAAUGAAGAUUUUCAGGGGUCUGGGAAAAGAUUAAGAAUUUAUGAUGACCACUCUCACAAUGAUUUGCAAGGACAGAUGCAGUUGCGAGAUUUUGACUUCAUUAAUAAGGGGCCUGGACAAAGACGAAGAGCAUUUCAUGACCAUCAGACUCAAGAUGAAUUACGAGCAUCAGUGCAGAUGAGAAACUGGGACUACAACAGGGGACCAGAACAAAGACAAAGAGCCUUUACUGAUCACCAGAUUUAUGAUGAUUAUCAAGAAAACACACAGCUGAAGGACCUAGACUUCAGUAACAAGGGGCAUGGACAGAGUUUGAGACCUUUUCAUGGACACCAGUUUCGUGAAGAUUUGCAAGCAGACAGACAGUCUUUCGACUUCAACAGAGGCCGGGAACAAAGGCAGAGAUCUUUUCCUGACCAUCCAUCUCCUAAUGAUUUGCAGGAAGACAGACAGUCAAAGGAUUUUGAUUUUGGUGGCAGAGGCCGUGGCCAGAGGCAAAAACUGUUCCAUGACCGCCAAUCUCAUGAUGAAUUUCAGACUCAAAUGCAGUUAAAAGAAUUGGAUUCUGCCAGUAGAGGUCCUGGUCAAAGACUAAGAUCCUUCCAUGACUAUGAGUCACAUGAUGACUUGCAGACACAGAUGCAAUUGGGAGAUUUUGAAUUUGUUAAGAGGGGUCGUAGGCAGAGGUUGAGACCUUUUAAUGAUCACCAGCCUCGCAAUGACUUAAAAACAGACAUGCAGCUGAAAGAUUAUGAUAAUAAAGGUCCUGGACAAAGGUGCAGACCUUUUCAUGACCCUCAGCCUUAUGAUGGCUUACAGGAACAGACUCAAUCAAAAGAUUUUGAUUAUGGUAGUAAAGGGCAUGGACAAAGGCCAAGACCUUUUCAUGAUCAUCCAGGUCACAACGACUUGCCACGUGAAUGGUGUUCAGACAGAAGUCAGUCCUAUUCUUCCCAUGAAAAUGUACCAGAACCUCAUUUCUCCUCAUCUCCUUCACUUCACAGAGAUUACGGGUCUGAUAAUGAUGAGUUUACCAGAAAUUACAGUAAUCGACUACAUUGUCCUGAGGACAAUAGAAGAGUGCAUCCCUCAGAGGAAUUUAAUAGAGGAAAAAACAGAUUUGCACCAUACUCUUCACGAACAAUACAUCCAUCUUCAUCCAUACACCAAGAGGAUAGUUCAAUAGACUAUGAAAGAAAGCCUUUUCAGGGAGAAACUACCAGAAGCAUGGAACAAAGUAAAAGAUUACCAGUUGUAACAGUUGAUUACAAUUACGGUCUGCCACUGGAUUGUGGACCUGAAGAGGAAGAGAGAUCACAUUAUGAUUUACCACCAAGAGACCACUACAACUGGAACUGAAUAAAAAGGCCAAUGUUUGCUCCACUUAGAA